CAUUAACGAGGAUAACAAAAUCAAAUACUCCCCUUUACCCUAAAGAAAGAUGUUCAUUUGCUCCCUUCUCUCUCUCUAAAAUCCUCUUUCUCUCUCUCUCUAAAACCUCCAUCUGUCAUCACAUUUUGUAGGUUCAUAUAUUGGAAGAACUCAUUAUGCCAACUUGACAUGCUAAAAUCUAUUCAUAAGGAAAAUCCCAUUAAAAAUCUACUCUUUAUGUGAUUUUCCAAUGUCUGAUGUUAAGAGUUUUGAUUAUGCAGAAUCAAAUAUGUUAUGUACAGAAGGACCCAAAAGUUUGUGCUUUGACGAUGAUGAUCUUGUCGAUGGCCAAAGCUGUGAAAUCAAGAAUGAUGAAGGCUUGAGUGUUGGAAAUGGCGGAUCAGAUUCAGAGCCAUUAAUUAAUUUUCCAUGUUUGAGUGAAGAGAACUUUGGUUUAAUGCUAGAGAGAGAAAAAGGGUUCUUGCCUAAAGAUGAUUAUCUCAAGCGAUUGAGAAAUGGGGACUUGAAUUUGAGUGUGAGAACAGAGGCUCUUGAUUGGAUUUCUAAGGCUUGUGCUCACCACAGUUUUGGAGCAUUGUGUUUGUGUUUGUCUAUGAAUUACUGCGAUCGAUUUCUAUCAGUCUACGACCUGCCUCAAGGUAAACCCUGGGUUGUUCAUUUGAUAGCGGUUUCAUGUUUAUCACUAGCAGCCAAAAUGGAAGAAAUUGAAGUUCCUCUCUCUGUUGAUUUACAGGUGGGCGAACCAAAGUUCAUGUUCGAAAGUAAAACUGUUCAAAGAAUGGAGCUUUUUGUAUUGAGCACCUUAAAGUGGAAAAUGCGAGCUUAUACUCCAUGUAGCUUCAUCGACUAUUUCCUCCACAAGAUCAAGAAGGAUGAAUUCCCACCGAUGCAUUUGAUCCAUAGAUCAACUGAAGUCAUCAUAAGCACAAUUACAUGUAUUGACUUGUUGGAAUUCAGGCCUUCCGAAAUAGCUGCAGCAGUAGCAAUGUCUGUUUCAGUACAAGCAACGGACAUGGACGAGGCACUGCCAAGUUUCAUGGGAGUAGACAAGGCCAAAGUGAUCAGAUGCCUUAAGUUGAUCCAAAAUUUGACAAACAUUAAUGGGAUUACUCCUAACGGCGUGCCCCAAAGUCCAAACAGGGUGUUGGAGGCUGCAUGCUUGCGAAGUGAUGGAAGAACAGUUGAGUCAUGUCCAAAUUCUUCACAUAGUGGUCCAAAUACUGAAAGAACAAAACUGGACAAAACACCAAUCGAAGAGGACUUGAAGUCGUGAAAUGUGAAUAUUUGCUGUCAAAAAUCAAAUAUUUGGUUGAUGGGAGCUUUGGUGCGGUAUACAAAAGGUGCCUCUUUGAUAGGAUAGCAUGAGAAAAUGUUGAGAGCUCUCAUAUUUCAAGCGUGAAAAGGAAUUGUUUCUAGCUGUCUAUAACCAUAGUAAUAGAAUUUGGGAGAGGAUAGACAAAGGGAGAAAGAAAGCAAAAAGGCACGGAAAAAUUUAGUGCAAUUCAGUAUUUGUCCUAUUUGUUCGCAUGUAUUAUUUUUCAUUAAUUUAGAAAAAUGACUUAUCUUUUUUCAUGGAUUAUGUGUAUUUUGUUAGUGUGGGAACACACUUGUACGUAAACGUGUACGUAGAUUCAACAGUCAGUGAAAAAAUUGUUGACUUGUGAAAUCAUUGGGUGGCUUUUCGUCAUA